CAAUCACAAGUCACGUCAUCGGAGCUCUUUCACUUUGCUGAGUCUUGUGACCCGAGCUCCCCGGGUGUCAGACGGGCCCCCCCCCCGGUGGAUGCGGCUCUUCCAUUGCGUACAAUGUUCUGCUGCUCGUCCUGCUGUGCGCAGGGCAGUGCCGAGGAGACUGCACCCUUGUCUACAGAAGUCAGGCACCCCAGACAAGUGAAAGUUCUGGAGAAAGGGGAAAAGCUGCUGGUGAAGUUAGUCGGUGUUCCCGAAUACGAUGAGAAAUUUUCGGAGAUCGCCGAGCUGUACAAUCAACAGGUGGAGCAACACAACACCAUGAACCGCUGCUUAGCCCAACUCAACGUCGGUGGUUCCCGCAACCUCGGCAGCUGUAUAGAGACUCUGAAGACGCAAUAUAGUAGCUAUGACCCCAAAAUCAAGAUGGAAGGCUACAACUUCUCCCUUACCACACAGACAACAGACAACCUCCCGGGGGCCCUGCAGGAAUCCCAGGAGGUGGUGACACAGCUGAGCCGGGCAGUCAAGCUCCUGAUGAGUACUCAGACCAAGCUGGGCGGGAUGGUUUUCUCUGUGCCUCAGGACAAGUCAGAGAUGGAAAGUAGAAUAAAAGAAGUUAAUACCGGCUACCUGGAUCAGAUACGUCUGGUGGAAAACCUCCAGGAGAACACGAGGAACAUGGACAAGGCCAAAAAACUUUCUAAAGAGUAUGAGGAGGAAGCAAGGAGUCUCCUGACGGAAAUAGCCAACAUUUCAGGGAUCUCACUCUGAAUCCUCGUACACACGGACGGGUCAAGGUGCGUUGGAUAUCCCGACGGGAAAAUCGGGAACCUGCUCUCCCGUACACACAAGCGGGUUUUCUGACGGGAAAAGUCAGAUGAGAGCUUUUGGCCGGUUAUCCGCC